CCUAGCUGGGAUCUCCCGCAGCACCACCAUCAUCCUGGCCUAUCUCAUGGCGGUGACACCGCUGGGCUGGCUCGAGGCACUCGAAGCGGUCAAGGCCGUGAGGCCCGUGGCCAAUCCCAACCUGGGUUUUCGUCAGCAGCUGGAGGAGUUCGGACGUAGCCGGUCCGUGCAGAAGAUCCGCCGGAAGCUUCAGCAAUGCCACCGAGGGACCCCUUUCAAUGACCACGAAGCUGUCCGAGGACUUCUGACAUCCGGCCGAAAACAGGAGCUGCCCAGCCCCGAACAGACGUGGGCAGGCCUGGGGCCCAGGGCCAAACAGAUGGAUUCCCUUCUGAUACGGGUGAAGGAGACUUUUUCCUGCUUGCCCAGCUGUCUCAAAUGAAA